GCAUCUUCACGCGCUCUCUCUCCGGAGAUGGCGAGCGAAUCUUGCGUACCUAGUUGUGUGGCUCGACCCUCCCCAAAAGUCUCAAGAUAGGGCACCUGUUGGUGUUUUCCCUUUUGUCAGUGAGUCCCUGGAGACAGCUUGUAUGCGGUCCUGAGGAACUCCGCAGCUCUACGUUUUCCCCUCGAUUUUUCAACGGUGUCCUGAGCAGCAUUCAUCGUUAGGGAGCAUGCUGACCGACGGCAUUCUUCCCCCGUCAGGGCGGGGGAGUGCCCACGGCGACCAGACCCCCGAGCCUGUCUCCAUGUCUCCUUCCUCUUCAUCCGUCAUUAGCACUGCUCCUUGCUCGUCUUUCUCUUGUUCUCCUCAUUCUGUCGUCAGCUUGUCCUCUGCUGCCUCGUCUGCACCGGGGAAGGUCCACCACGUGGUACAGUCUCGUCGAAAGUCUGACAAGUCGAUUGGUGCCGGUGAAGCCCAGAGUUUGGCUUCUUCCCACCCACUUUCGCCUGCGGGCGGAGGAGCGGGAGGACCCUCAACGAUCCCAGUGGCUUCUCCGAGCGGCUCUCAGGGGGGUCAUGGACCUUCUGGGCAAGGCGCCACUCUUCCGCCUUCUCCUGGAGGAGGUGGAACAAGCCACCACGGAGCUAUGGGCGGGUCUGGACGGCGACAAGAGAGCAACAAAGCCGUCGCUGUCGGCUCGGGCAACAAUGUACAGUGUCACAGCCACUUGCGAUUCCUUAGUCACUUGCCCCCCUAUGACCGGUCGGUCAUCCCCAUGUGCUCCUUCACAGCUGAAGGAGUGCCGAUUCUCAAACGGCAACAAAAAGGUCGGAGACAGAAGUGCGUCAACAAACGCGACGAACAGGUGUCUCUACAGACUCGCGUGGUCAUGGAUUUUCAGCAGGACCAGGUCCACCCCGCAGUCAUUCGCAUCGGCCUUCAAAUGGGGAAGAGGCGCGUGACAGGCACAAAUGCACGGACGGUCGCCAUGCUGACGGCCUUUGAGCGGUUUAUUGAGGAUUACUGUCCUCCGCCGUACGAAGCAAUUGACAAGCAUUUGAAGAUCGCUCUGGAUCGACAAAUCAAUUUCAUCACGCACUGUCGGCCUCACAGUCUCUCAAUGGGUGGAGCUAUCCGUUGGUUGAAGAAGAGACUCUCCAGUUACGCCACCAUGCCCCUGCAAGAAACAAAGGUCUCUCUUUGUUCGGAGAUUUCCACUUUCAUCAGUCAGAGGAUUCUAGCGGCUACCUGCGCCGUCGCGGAUGUUUUUCAAGAGCAACUGGCCGAGGACGGGGACUGUCUUCUCGUCUACGGAAAGUCAACUGCCGUGGUUAGAGCUGUUCUGCAGGCAAAACAAAGAGGCCGCCGGUUCACCGUUGUUGUCGUCGACUCUCACCCCCAUCUCGUCGGUCAAGGAACCGCGAGGUUGUUUGCGGCUGCCGGUAUUGAGGUUACCUACACUCUGAUAAAUGGUUUGUCAUAUCAUAUGGAAGAUGUGACGAAGGUGGUUUUGGGAGCAGCAGCCGUGCUGGCAAAUGCAGCGGUAGUGAAUCGAGCAGGUGCAGCACUGGUGGCGAUGGUCGGCAAGAGAUACGCGAAACCGAUUUUCGUUCUAUGUGAAAGCUACAAGUUGUUCGACCGCAUUGUGUUUGAUUCAUGUUCAUUUAAUGAGUUAGAUGAUCCAGAGUUAGUCUGGACGACGCCGGCGAGUUAUUCUUCAUCUGCGCGUGAACGUAAGGCGGGAGGCAGUGAUUCUCGCUUCGCCGACAGUACCCGUCAGUAUCCCCGUCUCUCCCUUCUCAUGCCGACUUCGCCUCCCCUUCCAGGGUAUCCUCUCAUUCGAGCUCCCUGUGCCUCGGAGUCACGCAGAUCACAUGUCAGUGGCGGACCAAGUGCGACAUCUACAGGGGUUUGUGCGGAGUCUCCGGUUACAUCGCAGCUUUCCUCAUCGACCUUGGCCAAUGGUCCUGUAUCAAGACAGCAAAAUGGACAAGCUGAGUACUCCUCCGGCCACGCGGGAGGAAAGCCGGAUGGACAGCACAUCGCACCGACACCGUGUGGCAGCAGCCAGCCUUGCGUCGCUUCCCCGUGUGGCGGAGACGAAGAAUCAGAGUUAAGGAGCUCAAGCAGAAGCAAAAUGUCACGGGGAGGUGGAGCAGAAAGCGUACAUCCUGUUACUGGUCGACAAGCAGAAGGCGGAAACUUACCAGCCUCCGAAGUUUGUGUCAUGAAUCUCUGUUAUGAUGUAACGCCUGCUCAGUUUGUCGACUUUGUUGUUAUUGAAGACGGCGUUUAUCCUGCUUCCAAUGUGCCUGCUCUCGUUCGCGGGGCUGGCCGAGUUGGCGGGGUUGCGGGGGACUAG